UGUUCACAUUAAAUCCCAUGUUAUAUCAGAAUCUAACAAAUCUCUAGCAACCUUUUAAAUGGUAAAAUUCACACACACAGAAACAUUAGUUUGGGUACGUACAAAAACUAAUGUAGUAAUGUUAAAGUUAUGUUCAUUAAUAUAAGUGGUUCGGAUAAUUACCAUACCACACUUACAAUAAAGGGUUAUCUAUUAUGGUAUGUUAACAUGAUCUGAAAAAAUUAUACAUUACCAAUGUAACUUAAAAAAUUUGUGAAAAUUCAAAAACAUAAAAUAAUGAUGAUUUAAAAAAAUAAGCAUAAAAAAAAAAAAAAAAAAAAAAAAAACAGUUCCCUCUCUAGCCGGCUUUUAAUCAUUUGUGGUCCAAUCAGGCGUACAAGCACAACCUGCAGAGACAGACCCAUUAAAUAUUCGAUUGUAUUAUUACUCCCUACUUCUCUGUGUUUGUCCGAUACCUAGUUUUUUUCUCCAUCCAAUCUCAAUCUUACAGGCAAACUUCCAUUUUCAAAAAUAUAACAUAAGCAAACAAAGUCUUAUGUUUAUGUUUUAUUUGUACAUCAAAAGAAAAAACUAGUUAGUGCUCUGUAUCUCAUAAAACCACCUUUGAUUAGACCAAGAAAUUGAUAGAGGAAUUCCAAGGUUUCUUUUUUCUUUUUUCUUUUUGGGUGGGCGGGGUGGGGGGUGAGGGGUGAGUAUGGAUGUGAGGAAAAUAAUUGUGAUUGUGGAAGAUGUAGAAGUAUCAAGAACAGCUUUGCAAUGGGCUCUUCAUAACUUAUUACGUUAUGGGGAUUUAGUGACACUUCUUCACGUUUUUCCAAAUUUAAGAUCCGAAAGCAACAAAAAGAUUAGGCAUCUUCGGCUUAAAGGUUUUCAAUUGGCUCUGUCUUUUCAAGACCUUUGCAACAAUUAUCCCAACACGAAGACAGAUAUUGUGGUGACUGAAGGGGAUCAAGAUGGUGGAAAGAUUGCUGACAUGGUUAGAGAGAUUGGAGCUUCAGCUCUUGUUGUUGGACUUCAUGACCAUAGCUUUCUUUACAAAAUGGCCAUGGCCCACAACAGUAUAGCAAACAAUUUGAGUUGCAAAGUACUAGCCAUCAAGCAACCAACCCCAUUGACCACGACAAGGAAAUUAAGAACUAUUUUUUUACCUAACAGUUCAACCAACAUGGACUUCUCACAGAUUGAAAUAGCUGCACUGAGUGUCCCAGAAAUUCAUCCACCAAGAAUUCCAUACCAAGUUUGUCCAGACCCUCAUGCUAUUAUUUGGAGAAAAGGGAGAUCCAGAAGAUGGGGUAGAUCCAGAAGAUGGACAAGAAGAAAUUAAACCAACUAGCUAUACUUUCCAUUUCAAUGAGAGAAUUAUGUAUAUCUGUUAUUAUUAAUUAUUUGAUGACAAAUGUGGUUUUUGAAUUUGUCAGUUUGACUCACACAGCAUAGAACAAAGAGAAAAAAGGUUUACAAAAUUCUCAAAUUUGUUGGUAAUUUGGCAAAUGAAGACUCAUAAAAUCAUGUGAUUAUAGCAACCAAAAAAAAAAAAAA